UAUUUUCGUAUGUUGCGAAGUUUGUACGAUGUAGAAGAAAUUUUACUAUUUUGUCAGAAGAAAAUAUUUCCUAUUAGUUAGACAAAAGCGUUUAUUGUCUAUUUGAAGAUCAUAAAUUAUAAUUUUCUAGGAAAAAAAAAGAUUGGUUUUCUAUUCAGAAUAUUUUGUGACUAUACUGCCAAUUUUCACUCACAGAGUUGAAUAUGGAGUUUUCUUUAUUUCCUAAAGAAAAAGUUAAUAGAUGCCGAAAAAAAGUAAUUCCUUGGCAUGUUCAACAACGAUAUAUGGAAAGUUUCAGUCAGCUUUCAUUAAAUCAAACUAUUGCAACAGCUUUUUACAAAAAAAAGAUAAAAUCUUUGCAACGAAACAACAAACAUCUUGCUUUAGCUCUUCAGCGAAGCCGAUAUCUUGCAACUGAUAAAGAGAAUUUAUUGAUAGAAAAUGGAAAAGUUUUAGAUAUUAUAAAUUUUUCAAGACUUAAAUUAACGGAUAUGGCUAUUAGUAUGAAGCAAGCCACAGAAUGUUUAGACGAAACUCUUUUAUUAUUAAAUUCAUCAAUAGCAGACAACUUAUCUAAACAUCCUCCAAACAAUCUAAAUUACAGAAAUGAUUUUAAGAGCAAACUUCAAGAAUUAAGUCAAAAUUCACCAAUAGAAGAAAUGUCAGAAUAUUCUGACAGCUCAAGCUCAGAUGUUAAAACUUGUGGUCAGAAAGGGAAAAUAUCUCGUGUAGAUGCCUGCUCUUCUUCUCCUAAUAAAAGAUGUAAAUUAUCAAGAAAGGCAAGGAAUGUUAAAAGAAAUAGUAGAGAUGUGCCAAAAUUUUCAAAAGAAUCUUCAUCAGCAGUACCUUAUAUUGAUUCUAAGGAUUCAGAUUUGAAAAAUUCUAAGAAGCGUAGCUCUGCACUUAAUAUUAAACCAUCAAACCAAAAAAAAUCCUUACCAAAAAGCUCUAACAGCGAAACUCCAAGCUCUUCUAAAGUGCCAACUGUGAAUUCAGAUCUUUUCUCUCAAUAUAAAAAUAAGCAAGAAUCGCUAGACCAAAAGCGUAAAGUUGUGAAAGUUAUUCUUGCUGAUAUCGCAGAAGCAUUUAUUAAUCGAGAAACAGAAAAUUAUCGUUCUCCUGAAACAAAUGAACUUGCUUCCUCUGAGACUAGCACAGAUUUUAAACAUUUCCCUCAAAAUUCUCCUGUAGAUAAUAUUUUAAUCGAAAAAUGUUUUUCUACUGAAAUUAAUAGCAAGCAAAAAAGUUUAAAUGUUUGUAGUCCACAGUUAGGUAAUAAUGCUGAAGUAACAAAUCAUUCACAGAAGGCAUCAAAUUCAUCAGACUUUUCCAAUAAAAAUUUAUCAUCUCCUAGUGAUAUUUCAGAGAAUAAUGUGAAUCAUCCUGCACCAUCAUCAGAAAGAAACGAAGAUUUCGUAUGUGGCCGAACUGGUGCCAUAGUGAAAAUGCAACCAGUUGAAAAAAGCGGCAAUGGAAGAUGUAUUAAAAGUAUAUACUCUCAGAAAGGCAAAAAAUCAUAUAAACCUCAGAAUACGAAAGCAAUAAAUAAAGUACAAUUUUAUUUUGAUGAAGAUGCUAUAGAAAAAGUGGAUGGACGAAAAGUUGCUUCAAAAGACAGAAUACGGAAGUCUAUAAAUAAAUCUAAAGUUAGAAAAACUGUUUCAAAUGCAAAGAAAAAUAUUGCUUCCAAAAGUAUACCUCUGAACUCAAGUCUUAUAUUGCCUGAUAAUAUUAGCAAAUUAGGUAAAAAUUCUUUUCUGGUGACUGCUGAAGUUCAUUCUCCCCCAAAAAAUAUUCAUGCAAAAGAAAUAAAAAGUAAAGUGCGUGCUGCUAAAAAAAUGGAUCCUUGUGUUAUUUUGACUGACAUUUUCAAAUCCAAUCAAGGUCUGCUUUCUGAAAUGGUUGCUGAUGGUUUGCAUGAAAAUGGAUGCUUCCAAAUGACUAUUAAAAAUUCGGCUGAAGCUCCAUUAGGUAAUCUUAGUACAAAUGAUUUGAAUACUACUUAUAUGGACUUUGAAAACAGAGCAGUGGUUCAAGAUGAAUUAUUUCAAGACAACUCAGUUAGAAAAAAAGUAUUUUGCCAAGAGAGAGCUGAAGAAAGCAAAAAUAUUUGCAAAAAUCAGCCAAUUGGUUUGAAAGAUGUUAUAAAUUGCAAAAAAGCAUUUAACAAAUCCUGUAAAGUAUAUUCUAAUGAGAAGAACAGAAUAAAUUUUAAAUCAUAUAUUUUGCUGGACAAAGGUGAAAAUUUUUAAUUAUUUUUAAGGCAAAAGUAUGUUUAAAUAUGUAGUCUAUCCAAAAAGGAACCAAACUUGUAAAAUAAAUGCAUAUUAUCUCCUUCAAAAUACUGUUCUAUCUAUUUAUAUAUUGCUCUCUUUCUCUCUUCUCUCUCAAGAGAAAAGCACUAUCCAUGGUUCACAAUGAAUUUUGUUCUCUUUUUUCUGCUAUUCCAUUUCAUUGACUUUUGAGAGUAAAGUUUGAGUUUUAGAACCAAAUCAAGUUCACAAGGAUCAAACCUGGAGAGUUAGGACAUGUUAUUUAUAGCAUGAUUAGCAGUUCUUACUAGCUGUGACAGGAUUGAUGUUUUAUUCCUUAGUCAAGAAUUAGGGCACAGAUUUUACUGCAGAUUGUCACUCAAAAUUAUCCAAAAUGAUUGUUUUUGAUUACUAGAUCUUUAAAAACCAAAAUUUACUUAAACUCAUUGCUUCUUCAUUUUUGAAAAAUAAAUAAUCAUCAAAUAGACAAAGUACUGCUUCAGUUAAACACAAAAUAGUGACAAAAUGAUGUAUUAUUCUUUAAAGAAGUACAAGAUAACAAUACACAGCAUCAUUACAGCAGAUUAGUGUGGAUGACAUGUUAGUGUUCUAAUUUAAGUGCUUAAUGUAUUAAUGCUCAAAGUUUGGUUUCUUUUAGAAUUCGCUAUAUAUAUUUAAGUUGUUGAUAACGAAUUAAGCACUUAAUGAAACAUAAAAGAUAUUUUUAAAUAU